AUGGUAACUGAUCCAACUUGGCGCGCGCAAGGCGAAGCCAAGCGUCAAUCUAUUCUGGACGCCAUUCCCGAGAAAUGGCGGAUCCCAAUCCCUAUACCUUCGCCCGCUGAGCAGCGAGAUGUGACUGGUGCCUACAUCCGACGCUAUUUGAACGACCGCGAGGUCGAAAUCACUGAAACCGAUGCCGUGGACAUUGUUGCGCAAACGAUCUCUGGUCGUUGGACUGCUGUCGAAGUCGCCAAGGCUUUUUGUCAUCGUGCUGCACUUGCACACCAACUGGUCAGCUGCUUACAUGAGAUCUUCUUCGACGCAGCAAUCGAAGAUGCGAAAAAGUUAGAUGCCUACUUCAUUGAACACAAAGCGCCCGUCGGUCCCCUACAUGGUCUCCCCGUUUCCCUGAAAGACCAGUUCCACAUUAAGGGUGUCGACACUACAAUGGGCUAUGUAGGCUGGAUCGGUACUUUCCAAGGUCAACAAGAUGACCAGCGGCGAGGCGUAUUCGAAAGCGAACUCGUCAAAGAGUUACGGAAUUUAGGUACAGUGCUUUACUGCAAAACCAGUGUACCGGCUACAUUGAUGGCUGGAGAAACAGUCAACAAUAUAAUCGGGAACACAUGGAACCCCAAAAAUCGGCACCUUUCCUGUGGUGGUAGCUCUGGUGGCGAAGGGGCUCUCAUUGCUCUGCGUGGAUCGCCUGGUGGAUUUGGUACUGAUAUUGGGGGUAGUAUUCGCGUUCCUGCGGGAUUCAACUUUCUGUAUGGAUUGCGGCCUUCUUCGGGCAGAAUGCCUUAUGAAGGAACUGCGAAUUCUAUGGAUGGACAGAGUACAAUUUUGUCUGUCAUUGGGCCUCUUGCCCCGAGUGCUAGGACAUUGACGCUGCUAUUCAAGAGCGUUCUCAGUCAGCAGCCUUGGUAUCAGGAUCCGCUGGUUUUGGAAAUCCCAUGGCGGAAUGGGAUCGUUCGGCAGACCCGUGAGUUUAUUGAACAAUCGAGAAGGGGUGUUUCAGCACUCGCGUUUGCAAUUAUGCCCUUCGAUUCAGUUGGACGCCUUCAUCCUCCCGUUGCGAGGGGCUUGAAGAUUGUUGAGCAGACUCUGAAGACGCUAGGUCACAAAGUCAUCGUUUGGAAUCCUCCUUCACAUGUUCCGGCACAUGAGCUAGCGGGCAAUGCAUUCCAACUAGAUGGCGGCACAGACAUCAAAUAUCAGUUUGACCUUUCAGGAGAGGUCCAAGCACAUCAGGUGUUCAUCAGACAGGACGGCACAGAGAGUGUCGCAUCGGAGAUCGCCGCACUGAACGUGACUAAGCGCGAGUAUCAGAAGAGAUACAUGGAUUACUGGAACAGUACCGCAGAGCUUACUGAUACUGGACGCCCUGUCGACGCCCUGAUCUGUCCGCUUGCACCGCAUGCAGCUGUUAUACCUACGCAGUAUGAGCAUGUUGGAUAUACUGCCUUCGUGAACGUCCUAGAUUAUACGAGCGUUUCAAUCCCUGUGACAUUUGCGGACAAGACCAUCGAUGUCCUCCCUCCGGAUAAAUCUCAUGAUAUGAUCGAGGGUUAUAUUAAUUGGGAUUAUGAUGCUGAUACCUAUGACGGCGCCCCUGUUGGUGUUCAGCUCGUUGGCCGUCGAUUGCAAGAGGAGAAGAUGUUGACUCUUGCGCAAUAUAUUGGAGAAGAGGUUGCUAGGGGUGUUGGACGGACACGAUGA